AUGUGGUGUCUUCGCGUGACAGUGCUCAAAUUAACGCGAAGCCGGUCUUUAAUAAACGUUAGCAAACCAGCGAGUUUUUUACGGCUGUUGAGUUCACAAGCCAACUGCUGCUGUCCGCGCUCCGUCGACGCCACUCGCGCAAAACCGCGAUACAUGUCAAGCGAGGCUAAGAGACUCUGCUCGGAAAACAUGACCGUUAAAAAGAUCGGAACGCAUAACGGCACCUUCCACUGCGACGAGGUUCUGGCCUGUUUCUUCCUCCGCCAGUUACCUGAGUACAAGGAUGCUGAAAUCGUUCGGACCAGGGACCCGGCGCAGCUGGCACAGUGCGACAUUGUUGUAGAUGUGGGGGGAGAGUUUGACCCAAAGAGACACCGCUAUGACCAUCAUCAGAGGACAUUUGCGGAGAGCUUCCACAGCUUGUGUCCAGAGAAGCCAUGGGUGACCAAACUCAGCUCAGCCGGCCUCGUCUACCUGCACUUCGGUCGUCAUCUGCUGGCCCAGCUGACGCAGCUGAAGGAGGAUGACAGGCAGCUGGAGGUGCUCUAUGACAAGCUGUACGAGAACUUUGUGGAGGAGGUGGAUGCUGUAGACAACGGCAUUUCACAGUGUGACGGGGAGGCCCGCUACAGCAUCUCCAGCACGCUGAGCGCACGUGUCAGCCACCUGAACCCACGCUGGAAUAGCAAGAGUCAGGACACAGAGGAGGGUUUCAGGAAGGCUAUGAAAAUGGUCGGGGAGGAGUUCCUGGACCGUCUGGAUUAUUACCAGUCCUCCUGGUUGCCGGCUCGUGUGGUGGUGGAGGAAGCUGUUAAAGAGAGGCGUCAGGUAGAUCCUAGUGGGGAGGUGGUGGUGUUCUCCCAGGGCGGCUGUCCCUGGAAGGAGCAUCUGUUUACCUUGGAGAAUGAGCUCCAGGUGGAGACACCCAUCAAGUUUGUCCUUUACCCGGACCAGAACGGACAGUGGAGGUGCCAGUGUGUCCCCGCUGGCCUCAACACCUUUCAGAACAGGCUGUCCCUGCCAGAAGAGUGGCGUGGCGUUCGAGAUGAAGCGUUGUCGGAGCUCAGUGGGAUUACGGGCUGCAUCUUCGUACACGCUGGAGGCUUUAUUGGCGGGAACAAGACUCAGGAAGGAGCCCUGGAGAUGGCCCGGAGGACCCUGCAGGCUGCCGCCCAGUCCCCUGCAAACGGAAGCAGCUGACCGGUCAGAGAGGGAUGGCCAGCAGCACAUUUUGCUCUCGUGAAAGGAGAUGACGUGGAAGAGGACGAGUUCCCUGAAUACCUAUAUUUCAAAACACUCACUCUGAGUUAUCAUGUUGACUCAUGUUAUUCUUCUUCCCUCUACCUGUAUUUACAAAUGUGUAUCUGUUUUGGUAAUGAUUUCCAAUAAAAGAGUAUUUGCCUUA